AUGAACGGGGUUCCCAAAGGUUUUUUCAAAGGUGGUCGUGGGUUGCAACAAGGUGACCCCAUUUCUCAUUAUUUAUUCAUUCUUGUGGAGGAAAUCCUCUCAAGGAUGAUAAAAAAUCAGAUACAUAUGGGUAAGAUUGUUCCGUUUUAUCAUCCAAGGGGUACUCCUAUUAUUUCUCACCUUCUUUAUGCAGAUGAUAUAGUUCUUUUCUGUAAUGGGGGCAAGGCAUCCUUGAAAGCUAUUACUAAGGUGUUGAGGAAGUAUGAACAGUGGUCGGGGCAAGCAGUUAGCAAAAACAAAUCUUCUAUUUAUUUCUCUUCGCAGGUUUCUGCUUCCAGACGUCGGGCACUUCUUCGGUUUAGUGGUUUUACGGAAGGAAUUUUUCCUUUUAAAUAUUUGGGAGUUCUUAUUAUUUCUGAAAGAUUGAAGAUUGCUCGCUUUGAUGAUUUGAUUGCUAAAGUUCAGACCAGAUUGGAGGGUUGGCAAACCAGAUUGUUAUCUAGCGGGGCGCGGUUGCUUCUUAUUAAACAUGUUCUCCAAAGCAUACUUGUACAUAGUCUUUCUAUCUUAAGGACUCCUAAAGCCGUGAUUGAGAAACUGCAAAGAAUCAUUAGCACCUUUUUCUGGGGUGUCAAAGAUGGAAAAGCUAAGAAGAAAUAG